AUGGACUUCAAUAGCCUCAACAUCAACGACCGCAAGAUCAUUGUCGGCAUCGACUUCGGUACGACCUACUCCGGCGUAGCCUGGGCCGAGACACAGCGCCCGGACCGCCGGGUAGCCAUCACUGUCUGGCCCAUUUCCAAGUCUACGCGCGAAGGGGAGUCAUCAGACAAGGUUCCAACCAAACUGCGCUACAAUGGGAACCAACCAGAAUGGGGUUUUUCCAUCCCAGUGAAUGCGCCCACGGAUGAGGUCAUAGAGUGGUUUAAACUUGAUCUCGACCCUUCCCUCCAAUCCAUGGGCACCGCUGUUAGCAGCGCCGCUGCACGGGGCGGGCGCAACGUGGACAAGCUUGUCACAGACUACUUGUCUGCCUUAGGAGAGCACCUAACGUACACCCUGCGAGAGAAGCUCGGCGAGGGCGUUGUGAAGAACACGGCCCUCGAGUUUGUCGUCACUGUCCCGGCCAUAUGGAGUGACUUGGCCAAGGACAAGACAAAGCAGGCCUGUCAGAAGGCGGUUGAGGGAUUGUCGACCACCAAGGCACACAUCCAUCUGAUCUCAGAGCCCGAGGCCGCUGCGAUCUACGCCUUGCAUGGGUUAGACCCGCAUGGCUUGCAGGCAAACGAUAGCUUCGUUAUUUGCGAUGCCGGGGGCGGUACCGUCGACCUCAUCUCUUACACCAUUACCAGCCUCAAACCGAUCCUCGAAGUCCAAGAGGCGACCCCAGGUACCGGUGCAUUGUGUGGGUCCACGUUCCUCAACAUGCGAUUUGCCAAGUUCCUCAAGGCCAAGCUGGGCAAGGUCGACGGAUUUGACGAUGAAGUCCUGGCCGAUGCGAUGGAACGGUUCGAGAAAUCCGUGAAGCGUCAAUUCACACUGAGCGCUCGUGACGACGAGACAUACACCAUUCCAGUGGGGGGUCUUGCGAAUAACAAGGAACUUGGAAUCAGCCGUGGGCGGUAUGCUCUUAAGGCCUCCGAUCUCCGUGUGAUCUUCGAACCAGUGGUACAAGAAGUUGUCAAGCUGGUCAAAGACCAAAUCACCACCUCCAAGGUUCCCAUUAAGGCGGUCCUCCUUGUCGGGGGCUUUGGAGCCUCAAACUAUCUCAAAGAGCGUAUCCGCGGCGCCCUUGACGACGCAUCUAUCCAAAUCAUGCAACCUCCGAACGCCUGGCUUGCCGUUGUCCAUGGCGCCGUGAUGAAGGGCCUCGCCCUCAGUGCACCUGAGCAGCUCACCGCCGUCCGUGUGCAGAAUCGGCGUGCCCGAAAACAUUAUGGGACGGAAUGGCGGGUGCGGUACGAUGAAAAGCUGCACUCUCAUCUGAGGGAGAAGAAGCACUGGUGCGGACUGGACGGAUGUUGGAAGGUGUACACGAUGGAGUGGUUCAUCCGACGAGGCGAUGCAGUGUCGGAGAAUGAACCGUUUUUUACCAGUUUCGUGUGGACCGGUCCCGUAUCGCAAGGGAGGAUAAAAAAAAUCAAGAUGGAUAUCUAUGCAGAUCGGACGGCGCGAGAUGCACCGCUGGCGAGGAAUGGGAAUGUCGCCAUGCUGUGCCAUGUUGAAGCGGAUGUGGGGCACAUCCCGGAGAGUUCGCUGCAAAGGCGAAAGGGGAAUGAUGGGCAGUUGUACUACGAAUUAAACUGCAAGAUUGAGGCAGUUUAUCUGUCGGCGUCCACGCAGUACACACUGGUGUACAACGGCCAACGGUACAACUCGGUCACGGCUGAGUAUGUGUGA